UAUAGUUUACUCGUUUUAGUGAGUAGGGUUAUUACUGCAGAAACAACUAUUAUCUUUCGUAUCACUGUUGUUCUACUAAAAGUGCUCUACAGAUAGGUCCGAAGAAUCAAGAUGGCUGACGAGUCAAAAUUACCAACGGUUUUCAGAAAAAAACUUCCCGAGAAUUUAGAAAAAAUUAGAAAUGGGCACUAUACUCCAGAAGAUUAUGACUAUCCUAUAUAUAACUAUUUAAAACCCAACGAUUUAAGAGUCGAUGAAAAUGGUAGUGAGGUAGUUGAGUUUCUUAGAGGAAAAAAUAUUUUAGUCACUGGUGGUACCGGAUUUUUAGGAAAACUUUUGAUAGAAAAAUUACUCAGAUGCUGCAAGGACAUAGGAACCGUCUAUAUAAUAAUAAGGACAAAAAAAGGCAAAUCAAUGGAAGAAAGGAUCAAUGAAUUUUUAGACAACUGGGCUUUCGUAAAAUUAUCAGAAAUAUAUCCGGAUUACAGAAAAAAAUUGGUAGGACUGAGUGGAGAUAUUGCCGAACCUGGUUUAGGACUGUCAGAAGAAUCUAAAAAACUUAUAAUGGAUAGGGUGAAUAUAAUAUACCACGCAGCUGCAACUGUAAGGUUUGACGAAAAACUGAAAACUGCAGUAAAUAUAAACAUUAAAGGAACGAAGGAAGCUUUAGAAUUGGCAAAAAAAUGCAAAAAAUUUGAUGUUUUCACUUAUGUAGGUACAGCAUACUCAAAUUGUCUCGAAAAUAUCAUCGAAGAGGCAGUCUACGAGCCGUAUAUGGACCCAGAUGUUCUAAUUAACCUCACUGACACCUUAUCAGAAGAUAUUUUAGAUAAAAUCACACCGGGCAUUCUAGGAAACCUGCCAAAUACCUACACAUUUACCAAACAAAUCAGUGAAAGCAUAGUACGAAAAGAAUCAUCAAAAAUACCGAUUUGUAUUCACAGACCAGCCAUAGUGGUGGCCUCAGUAAGAGAACCUGUCAAGUCAUGGUGCGACAAUAUCUAUGGUAUAGUUGGUAUGAUGAUUGGUAUCAGUUUGGGUUUGAUACACGUGGCUCCUGGCGCUCCUCACUCACCAGUUGAUUUCGUUCCAGCUGACUACGUAGUCAACAAUUGUAUAGCUGCCUCGUACAAGACCGCCAAAGACAGAUUGUCCGAUGCGCAAAUUUUCAAUUACACCACUCACAAAGGGAAUAGGAUAAAAUGGAUAAACUUGUAUCUCGCUAACAAGCAGGGUUGGAAAGUGGGAUCGUCGUACAUAAUAUAUAGGAACUUCUCUGCACCUAUCAAAAAUAAAUGCUUUCAUAAAAGUUUACAAUUUCUUUUGCACACUCUUAUUGGACAAGCGGCUGACGUUGCGGCUAAGCUAAUAGGAAAAAAACCCAAACUAGGAAGAAUUUACAAGAAAAUAAACAAUGGCCUACAGUCAGUGAGCUUUUUUUCACUAGGCGAGUUCCGCUUCAGUUAUGGCAAUACUACGGCGUUGUGGGAAUCCCUCAACGAAAAAGACAAAACAAUAUUUCCAUUCGAUAUGAAAACUCUGGAUUGGGAAGACUACUUCAGCACGUACUUGGUCGCAUUGAGGGAACUACUAGUCCACGAGAAUCUUGAUAACUUGGACGCAGGAAGAAAGCAUUAUAACAGAAUAAGAUGGAUCCAUAACUGCCUGUUAUCAACACUAAUUGGAGUAUCAUUAUAUUUCUGCAUCAACACUAUAUUUUUCUUCAUACCACUAGGCUUAAUAUGCCUUACUAUAUUCUUUGGAUACUACGAAUUUACAUAUACGAACGCAUUGUAAUUUAUAAGUAAUUAUUAAUAAAUGGUAACUUUUUUCCUUA